AUGGAAAGCAACAGCACCUUUAGGCUUUUACUCCUCUUUUUCUGUGUAGGAUUUUCAGCGCCUGUGGAUCCAAUAUUUGGAAGAAUGGAGAGGAGUUUCUUUACAUUUACUGACCAAGAGUUGCUCCAAAGAAACGGCCGCGGAUAUGAUGGCAGCGUGAAGCCAAAACUUAAUUUACAACAAGUAACAAUUACACAGAUUGUGAAUUACAACAUAAGCAGCAAAGAGAGCACAGAGAGAGAGCCUAUCAUCCACGGUCACUACAGCCCUCUUAAUGUCACAGUCAAUGGAAGUCCUUGUAUUCUUUUCUGGGCCAGAAGAAUCAUGAUUAAGUUCCAGAAUCGCACUCAGCUGGACCUAACAGACAAGACAUUUGGUGUUCAUGCAACUGUGGAUGUUGCUGACUCAAACUGCAGUGAAGAAAAUGCAAUGCUUUCACUUAAUUUUGGUGACAUUGACAAUUUGAAGGGAUUUGUUAUCAGAUUUAUACUGACAAACAGUUAUUACAAACUGUCCAUUCAAAACUGGUUUACCUUACAUAGAAUUCAGCUCAUCUACAACCAUUCCGUGCAAGCAACAUUCAACGCAACUCGAAUUCACGCACCAGCGAUCUACUCCUAUCACUGUGAACAUGUUAGCAACUUGCAGAGGUACGAUGCACUCCUGACGCCCAGCUCCGCAAAUGAUGCAGCCAAGCUCUGGGAAGUCACUUUUAUUGAUUUUCAGAUACAAGGAUUUAACAUUGAGGACGGACAGUUUGCUUACGCAAAAGAUUGUGCUUCGCUCUUCCCACCAGCAAUUCUGAUGGGCCUGGUCAUGUCCCUGAUUUUGCUUCUUGUUCUGGCCUACGCUCUCCACAUGCUGAUACACUUGAAAUCCCUCGACAGGCAUUAUGAAUGCAAAGCGUCUCCUAUUUAUUUCCCUCAGCUGAAAGAUAUUGAUGCAGCAGAUGAAAAGGAACCCCUGAGAAAUAAUGGGAUUGAAACCUAUGAACUUAGAAGCCAACAAUACUCCAAAAUCUAUAUUUAG